AAUAUAAUGAUAAAUCAUGUAAAAGAUUAAGAUUGUAUAUGAAUAAAAAUAUAAAAUGUGAACAUAUACAAAAAUAACAAUUUAUUUACAUACAAGGCAAUUUUCACAUUAAAUUAAAUUUAAAUUAAAAAAAUAUAAUAAUCACAGGUAACAUGUCACUCUCGCAUUCAGCAAAAAAGAACCCUUCCUAGUUCACCUGUCGAGCAAGCAGGUACAAUCCACGUUGAUCGAUAAUUUGAGCGGAUCUCCGGCACCGUAAUCACAAAGAGUUUCUCAAGCAAAGCUCUGGCUGACAGUAACUGGGAGUAGUUCGGAGUUCUACGGACAACAAACGAUUAUGCAUAAAACGGCGCAAUCAUGGUUCACCGGAGGUCCGAGCCAGACGAACAGCGAUCUGCUAAAGCAACCUCCUUCUCUUCUUGCUGAUUGGAACGCUUACGCCUCAUCUUCACAAUCUAACCAAGAUCUAGAUUCUUCCAACCUCGGUUUCGAUCUCGAAGCCGCAGUUAGGGAUAAGGUUUCCGGCACUUUCAACGUAGUUUCAAAGGGAGUGAGAGACAUACCUGGAAGCUUGCAAUCUGCCACCAGCAAUGUCCCAACUGGAAAAUCCUUUAUGACAUUUGGCAUACUUCUUGCUGUUGGGAUCUUUCUUGUCUUCCUUGCUAUCACUGUGUUUCUACCAGUCAUGGUGCUUGUUCCUCAGAAGUUUGCUAUAUGUUUCACUAUUGGAUGUGCCCUCAUAAUCGCUUCCUUUUUUGCCCUCAAGGGAUAUAGAACUCAGUUUGCACAUAUGACAUCUAAAGAGAGACUCCCUAUUACAUUGGGGUUUAUUGGCAGCAUGUUGGGCACCAUUUAUGUGUCAAUGGUGCUUCACAGUUAUGUUCUUUCUGUCUUCUUCUCUAUUUUACAGGUCAUCUCUUUGUCAUAUUAUGCAAUUUCUUACUUUCCUGGAGGAUCAGCUGGCUUGAAAUUCUUCACUUCUGCAAUUACCUCUUCAAUUCUGAGAUGCUUUGGGAGGUGAUUUUUGUAACUAGAUAAGAUGUCUAUAACUUCCUCUUAACCUAAUUUUUACAUAAUCCUUGACACCCCUACCCUUUCUGUUAUACUUGUGAGAUUAAAUGAUACUUUUCAUUCUUUUGUGAAUUCUUCUUAUCUUUUCGCUGAUGUUGACAUUAGGCAACUUUUUUGUAGCUAUUGUUAGUUAUGAAUGCAUAUGAUCCUAUUAUCUCUUGAUGUAACACCAUGGUUACCAAAACUAUCAUUCCUGAAUGCCUCACCCGUGCCAUGGGGUUGUCAACCUUGGUAUCAUGCUAGUCUCACUUGCCCUCUUAGGGUUUUUGACCAUAAUACCCUUCAUUGACUCACCCGAACUCCCCCUCCCUUAUUACUCAUGUAUAUCCUUAGUCUUGGGGCUAUUGACCACUUUACCAAUUGCCCGUAGCACACUAAGUAGCACCACAUAUUCUCGGUAUCGAAGGACAAAUAACGAAAAAAAGGCAAUGGGAUUCUGAUUCAAGAUCAAACGCAUAAUUACUCAAAAGCGUAUUUCAAGCAUGGAAUCAAAAGACAUGUGAAUUAACUAUGAGGAUGCUAUACAAGUGCAAAAAGGACCCUUAAUGAAUACAUGAGGUAUGGAUCGACAAAAAACAUAUACACAUAAUCAUAUUGUAAGCACAUAAUUCUACAUAAACUCAUAGUGAUGGAAUAUAAUUAAUUGCGAAUUCAAACCGAU